GGGAAGGAGAGGUAAGAGCAUUUCCAACAGAGCCGUAUAAUUAGAAAUGUCUUAAUAUACGGCUCUGAUUUCCAAUUCCAUCAAAAGUAAAGUAGUAGAGUAUCAUUUAUUGAUCCAUAUAUUAGUCCAGUAGCAUACAUACACUAUACAUAAAUACAGCAGACAUUACACACAUCCUAUAUUAACCAUAUGUAGGAGGGAAUCACCGUUGACCUCUCCCCAGUUAAAAUGCAACAGCUCUCCAAGAACUGCUAGUCACUCCACGUGAAGAUUUGUGUGAGGGGAUUAAUGGCAGUCAGAAUCAAGUUCACCUGAGGUCAUGCCAACAACACACAGCCAGACCGCUCUUGUCGAGUGAGAGGAGGACUCCCUUUUCAUGGCAAAUUGCAAGACGUCAGAAUGACUAACGAAGAACCUCUCCCCAAGAAGGUUCGCCUUAGUGAAUCUGAUUUGAAGACCCUGAACAGAGAAGAGUUGUGUGCCAGGUGGAAGCAACAUGAAGCAUAUGUCCAGGUCCUUGAAGCGAAAUAUGCCGAUUUAAACUCCAAUGAUGUGACGGGACUGAAGGAGUCGGAGGAGAAGUUGAAGCAGCAGCAGCAGGAGUCUGCGCGGCGUGAGAACAUCCUGGUGAUGCGGCUGGCCACCAAGGAACAGGAGAUGCAAGAGUGCACAACUCAGAUCCAGUACCUGAAGCAAGUGCAGCAGCCCAGUGCCGCCCAGCUCCGCUCCUCCAUGGUCGACCCUGCCAUCAACUUAAUUUUCCUCAAAAUGAAGGCCGAACUGGAACAGACUAAAGACAAACUGGAGCAAGCCCAAAAUGAACUGAGUGCCUGGAAAUUUACACCUGAUAGCCAGACGGGUAAGAAGCUGAUGAGCAAGUGUCGCAUGCUGAUCCAGGAGAACCAGGAGCUGGGCAGGCAGCUGUCGCAGGGCCGCAUCGCACAGCUGGAGGCCGAGCUGGCCCUGCAGAAGAAGUACAGCGAGGAGCUCAAGAGCAGCCAGGACGAGCUUAACGACUUCAUCAUCCAGCUGGACGAGGAGGUGGAGGGCAUGCAGAGCACCAUCCUGACGCUCCAGCAGCAGCUGAAAGAGACGCGACAGCAGCUGUCCCAGCAGCCGCAGGGCCAGAGCAGCGCCACCGCCACCACCGGCGGGCCCAGCAGAACUGCACCCCCUUCCCCCUCCACCUCCUCCGAUCCCGGCAGCCAAACUGAGCUGGCGAGCGGCGGCGGGGGAAAAGAUUGCGGCAGGGUGUCCAACGGGCCGGCCAAUGGGAGCGGAGGAGGAGGAGGCCAGCGAGGCGGUGCGUCCUCAGGAGCGGCGGCGCUGUACAGAGAAGGCGGCAGCAGCAGCGUGGAUGAAGACUUCCCUCCCUCACCAUCGGCCAUGUCCAGCCCGCCGCCGGGCGAGUGCUCCAAACUGUCCAACCACUCGGAGGAGGCGGCGUCGGCGGGCUCGGGUUCGGGGGCCGGCCAGGUUGCCGGGGGUGACAGGCUGGAGCGGCAGCUGAGCGUGGGCUAUGAGAGCGUGGACUCCCCGACGGGCAGCGAGGCCUCGGCCGCCCUGCACUCCAACGAUACAGACUCCAACGCCGACACGCACGAGGCCCCUGCCGCUGUCGCCAAGGGCAGCAGGACUGCUGGGCCGCGCCACGCUGCCGCCUCCUCCUCGGCCUCCGCCGCUGCCGCGCACAACGGCCUGGACUCCAUGGCAACCGCCGCCACGGCUGCCGGCAGCGCCACACCUACCACCACCACCUCCUGCUCCUCAACAGGCUCUGUUUUGUAGUGUUAACUCGCUUGUCAUUGGUGUUCCCCCCUUUUUUAUACUUUACACGUUAAAAUCAACCCACGUUGGCAUCAGUGUCAAAAGAGAUGCCCAACAUUCAUGCUUUUUCUUCCCUCUUCUGUGGCUUCUCAACUCUUCUUCAUUUCUUUUGCUUCUGUUGAUGACAGCUGUGGAAGGAUAGUUCAGUUGGUGUAAGCAAGUGCUUUGAUUUUAAAAAAACGUUUUCUUUCUUCCUUUCUCUUAUCUGAUGUCGUCGCAAAGAUGGUUGAUCACCACUGGUUUUUACUGGCGUCGUGUCAUCCACUCAUUAAGAAGUGAUGCCACUUCAUAUUAUUCCACUGUAAGGUUAAAAGUCAUGAGGCCACUGGGUCUAGUGUGCAGUCGUGCUGUUCUGGUUCUGUCUGUUUCUAGCAGUCGGCUCUUAACUCUUUCUUCAUGACGUUCCCCAUAAUGCCAGAGACUAUUUUGUUUGACGUGUUUUAUUUGUUUUUGUUUUUUGUUUUUUUGUUCAAAGACAUGCUAAAUUCAGUUUAUUCUGAUUUCAAUCCUUUUCAUGUACUGACCAAAUAUCAAUAAAUAAUUUUAAUAGGAA